AUGUUCUUGUUCUUUUUUCUUCUUCUUCUCCUUCCUUCUUUUCCCUUUUUGAUUCCUCUCUUGUCUUCAUUUCUUGUUCUUCUUUUCUUUUUCUUCUUCUUCUCCUUGUUCUUUUCCUCCUUUUUUUUGUUCUUUUUUCUUUUCUCUCCCCUCCUCCUUCUUUUCUUGUUCUUCUUUUUCUUCUUCUUUCCCUUCCUCCUUUUUCUCCUUUUGAUUCCUUCCUCCUCCUUCAUGUUCUUGUUCUUUUUUCUUCUUCUUUCCUUCCUCUUCUUUUCUUCUCCUUUUGAUUCCUCCUCCUCCUUCAUGUUCUUGUUCUUCUUUUUCUUCUUCUUCUUCUUCUUCUUCUUCUUCUUCCCUUUCUCUUUUUUCCUCCUUUUGAUUCCUCUCUCCUUCUUCAUGUUCUUGUUCUUUUUUUUUCUUCUUCUUCUUCUCCUUUUUCCUCCUUUUUCCAUCCUCCCCUUCAUGAUUCUUCUUUUCUUCUUCUUCUUCUUGUUUUCCUCCUUUUGA